AGUAAUGUGGCCUCUAAUGUAAAAAAGUUUGGUAAAGCUGUUCUUGACAUUAAAACUGCCUUGCGGGGUGCACUGAAGAAGCUGGACGGAACUACUGCAGCAUUGCCUGGUGAAAAAUUUGAAGCCAGUCCACUCAUAUCCCUAAGUGAGGAACAACAAGGAAUAGUAAAUGUCCAGUGUAUAGAAACACAAAAUGGAGAGACACCUCAGAUAGAGACAUUUUGUGUGGAAACUCCACAAACAGGGACACAUAAUUCAAAGCAGGCUCAAGCCACAAGUACAUCCAGUGGCUUUAUGGAGACACCUGAAUGCUUCUCCACCCAAGCAAAACCAGAAUCAGAGUAUGCUGGAGACAGUGAACACCAGCAUAAUACUGAAGAUUCAGAAGAUCCAAAAUCUUCAAGGUUGGACUCAACCACCAGUAAUUCCACCGAUGUUCACUUACCACAGUGCCUCAGCACAGACCAUAUCCCAGCCUCUAUGUCCUCUGAAAAACUAGCAGUUGAAAAGGAGCAGGGAACACUAGCAGGGGAAAUGCAGCCUUCCACCAUGUCCUGUACUGAAGCUGGAGGAAGUGAAGCAGAGCUAAGUUGGAGGGAUGCACGUCGUUUGAAGUGCCUCAGGAGUUUCCAACAGAUCCUUAGGGAGAAACGAGAGUCCAAAAGACAUCUCUAUAUGGCGACGAUGUCAACAUUUUCUGAGGAUGAUUUCAAUCCAGAUGGCAGCCGGGAUGAAGAUCAGAAUAUCAAUGGAGACCACAUCAAACAUCCAUGGGCCAAACCUAGUGGAGAAGGAAUAUUUGGCAUUGAUAGCAUGCCUGAUCUUAGAAAGAAGAAGCCUAUCCCAUUGGUUAGCGAAGUGUCUCUGGUGCAGUCCAGGAAAGCAGGGAUAUCACACGCAUUAGCUGUACGCUCAUCACUGAAGGAUGAAGAACUGAAGAAUCAUGUGUACAAGAAGACACUCCAGGCUUUGAUUUACCCUAUUUCUUGCACUACACCCCAUAACUUUGAAGUAUGGACGGCCACCACACCCACCUACUGCUACGAGUGUGAGGGUUUGUUGUGGGGUAUUGCACGGCAAGGCAUGCGCUGCUCGGAGUGUGGAGUCAAAUGCCACGAAAAAUGCCAGGAGCUCCUCAACGCAGACUGUUUGCAGAGAGCUGCUGAGAAGAGCUCCAAAACAGGAGCUGAGGACAAAACCCAGCAUAUCAUCUCAGCCAUGAAGGACCGCAUGAAGAUCAGAGAGAGGAACAAGCCGGAAAUCUUUGAGAUGAUCAGGCUUGUGUUCAGUAUGACCAAACUGAACCAUGCACAGCAGAUGAAGACCAUUAAACAGACUGUGCUUGAUGGAACCUCCAAAUGGUCUGCCAAGAUCUCAAUCACAGUGUUGAGUGCUCAAGGCCUGCAGGCUAAAGACAGAACUGGUUCCAGUGAUCCAUAUGUGACUGUUCAGGUUGGAAAGACCAAGAAGAGAACCAAAACUAUCUAUGGUAACCUCAACCCUGUGUGGGAGGAAACAUUCAACUUUGAGUGCCACAAUUCAUCUGACCGUAUUAAACUGCGUGUAUGGGAUGAAGAUGACGAUAUAAAAUCUCGGGUAAAGCAGCGUCUGAAGAGGGAAUCAGAUGACUUUUUGGGUCAGAGCAUAAUUGAGGUCCGAACUCUCAGCGGAGAAAUGGACGUCUGGUAUAACCUUGAAAAACGAACAGACAAGUCAGCAGUGUCAGGUGCCAUCAGACUGCAGAUCAGUGUGGAAAUUAAAGGGGAGGAGAAAGUGGCCCCUUAUCAUGUUCAGUACACCUGCCUGCAUGAGAAUAUCUUUCACUACAUAACUGACACUGAAGGACAGGGCAUGGUGAAGCUGCCUGCAGCACGUGGAGAUGAUGCCUGGAAGGUCUACUUUGAUGAGGUUGCUCAAGACAUUGUAGAUGAGUUUGCCAUGCGCUACGGAAUAGAAUCCAUCUAUCAAGCCAUGACGCACUUUGCAUGUCUGUCGUCAAAGUACAUGUUGCCUGGUGUCCCUGCAGUGAUGAGCACGCUCCUGGCCAACAUCAAUGCAUUCUGCGCUCAUCCCACCACAGUCACCAAUGUCUCUGCUUGUGACCGCUUCACUGCCUCCAACUUUGGGAAAGAUCGGUUUGUUAGACUCCUGGAUCAGCUCCAUAACUCUCUCCGCAUUGACCUGUCAGCAUACAGAAAUAAUUUUCCAGCAAGCAGUAAAUCUCGUCUGGCUGAUCUUAAAUCCACAGUGGAUUUAUUAACUAGCAUUACAUUCUUCAGACUGAAGGUCUUGGAAUUGCAGUCUCCUCCACGUGCGGCUCACGUGGUCAGGGAUUGUGUGAAAGCCUGCCUCAAUUCUACAUACCAGUACAUCUUUAACAACUGCCAAGAGUUGUACAACAGGCAGUUCCAGCCAGCUGCAGAGUCUCAGAACCCAAAAGAAAAGAACAAGGGAGAGGAGGAUGAAGAAGAGGUGGAGGAAGAGAAAGAGGAGGAAAAUGCUACCAUGGAGGAACAAGGACCAAGUAUCCAGAACCUGGACUUCUGGCCCAAACUCAUCACCUUAAUAGUGUCCAUCAUAGAGGAGGACAGGAACUCCUACAACCCUACAAUAAACCAGUUUCCUCAGGAGCUGAAUGUGGGGAAGGUCAGCGCUGAAGUGAUGUGGACACUUUUUGCUCAGGACAUAAAGUAUGCCCUGGAAGAGCAUGACAAGCUGAGGUUGUGUAAAACUGCGGACUACAUGAAUCUGCAUUUCAAAGUUAAAUGGCUCUACAACGAAUAUGCCCAUGACCUGCCUGCCUUUUCCAACGUCAUCCCAGAGUACCCAUCGUGGUUUCUGUCAUUUGUUCUGCAAUGGCUGGCUGAGAAUGAGGGAGUGUCAAUGGAAUUUAUGCAUGGAGCUCUUGAGAGAGAUAAAAGAGAGGGAUUCCAGCAGACAUCUGAACAUGCUCUGUUCUCCAGUUCGGUGGUGGACAUCUUCACUCAGCUCAACCAGAGCUUUGAGAUCAUCAAGAAACUAGACUGUCCCAAUCCUGCUGUUUUAGCCCAAUAUAACCGACGUUUUGCCAAGACUAUCACCAAAGUGCUCCUGCAGUAUUGUACUAUUCUAAGCAAGAGCUUCUCUUCCUACUGUGAGAAAGAGAAGACCCCCUGUGUGUUGAUGAAUAACGUUCAACAGAUGCGUGUGAUGUUGGAAAAGAUGUUUGAAUCUAUGGGGGCCAAACAGUACACUGCUGAGGAAGAGCGGCUGGAGAUUGAGGAGGAGCCUGAGGACAAUGAAGAGGAGGCCAUUACUGAUGAUGAAGGCAAUGAGUCAGAUGACUCAGAUGUCAAGUCUGGCUGUUCGGAUUUGGAAGGAGCAGAGAUUGACAACAAAGAGAAGGAGAAUAAGUCUGUUGCUAGAAAGGAAAAGGGAGAAAAGAAAGACAAAGAGAAAGAGGAUGAGAAUAUGACCACAGAGCCCCAAGAUGAGGGAAAAGAGAAUGAGGCAACAUUCAACACAAAAAAGCUUGACACAGAGGCAGCAGACAUCCUCAAUGACCUGCAAGGGAAGCUUCAUUCUGUUCUAGAUAGCCUGAGUGCCAUGUUUUCAAAGAGUUUCCAGGCCCGUAUAAAUGUCUGCAUGCGGCAGAUGGCGGAGAUCGUGUACCAGAUAAAAGGUCCUCUAAAUCAGAACACUCGUAACACAGCAGAGGCUGAUGCGGAUAACGCUCUGAGACCACUUAUGGAGUUCCUUGAUGCAAACCUUAGCAUCUUUGCCGACAUAUGUGAGAAGACGGUGUUGAAGCGUGUGCUGAAAGACCUCUGGAGGAACGUUUUGAUCUGCAUGGAGAAAACCAUUGUGUUGCCUCAAAGCAGCGACAGUAUCGGAGCUCAACUUUUUACCGCCGCUAAGGAACUCUCUAAACUAAAGGGAGGGGUGGAACCGAAGAGCUUGUCACCCAGACAAUGUGUGAUCAUGGAGGUGGCACUGGAUGCAAUCAAGCUGUUCUUCCAUGCUGGUGGGAAUGGUUUAAAGAAAGCAUAUCUGGAGAAGAGCCCUGAGCUGUCAUCGCUGCGUUAUGCUCUCUCCCUCUACACGCAGACCACAGAUGCUCUUAUCAAGACAUUUGUGACAACACAACAUGCUCAGUGCCAAAAUGGUAUGGGCAUCAGGAUCACCCCCAAAGAGAAUGUUCGACCUGACAGAGCCUCUGGAGUUGAGCGGCCGAUAGGGGAAGCAGUGAUCCAGCUGGAUUUGUCGCCCCCAGCUGGCAACACUGAGCUGAAACUCAACAUCAGAGUGAUUGCAGUAAAUGACAUAAAAUGGCAGACCUCAGGGAUGUUUCGUCCAUUUGUUGAGGUUAACCUGGUCGGCCCACAGCUUACAGAGAAGAAACGAAAGUUUACAACCAAAUCUAAAAACAACUGCUGGACGGCAAAGUACAAUGAGGCCUUCCAGUUUGUGUUGGGAAAAGGUAUGAGUCUGGACUGUUAUGAGAUUCAGAUAACUGUAAAGGAUUACUGUUUCGGGCGUGCUGACCGGGUAGUUGGGAUCGCAGUACUGCAGUUGCGUGACGUAGCAGACCGGAAGAGCUGCGUGUGCUGGUGUCCUUUGGGCCCACGUAUCAACAUGGACGAAACUGGGACAACUGCACUACGAAUCCUCUCUCAGCGUUCAGCUGAUGAGGUCGCCAAAGAUUUUGUCAAACUGAAAUCUGAAACUAGACCAGUUGAGGAGGGCAGGUGAAGAUACGAAGAAGAGAAAGCAGGUUGACUUCUUCAGUCGGUUAUAAUGAUAAAAACUGACUUGUUAAAAUAGACUUAAAGAGAGAAGAAAGGAAUAGAGAAGCAUUAGACUUUGAUAAUAUUGGGCAGUGUGACUGACAAAUGACUUCCUGACUAUAUCUGACAGACAAACACACACAAUCAUAAACUGUACACAAAAGGACCCACACUGUUUCUGAAAUUGUGUAUGUUUAUUUAAAGCCUUAAAAGUUACGUAACUGUUUGACUGGCUUUGCAUCUGUGUUUAAGACGGUCGACUAUGCUAGAUGAGGUGAUUGCAAUGAGAAGAGAGUAGCAGAAAGUUAUAAUUGUGAAGAAUUACAUAAUUUGAGGUUAUUUAAAGCAUAUCAGGCUUUGUGAUUAAAUAUUACCUGCCACAUUUCAGAAAAUGCGUAUGCCACAUUUCAAAUAUAAGAAGGCCCGAGAGUUAUUUUGCCAAAUCAGAAGUCUCAUUCCACAGUGUUCUUUGUGGCCUUCUGAGUAGGAGGAGUCUUAUAGAAGGGGAAGUGGUCUAAAAAUAAUCAUUUUCAUUAAUCCCAUCAUUGGCUGCUCAACCUCUGACUGACAUAAAUGCACAUUUAGAAACACACUCUUUUUCAUUGGUCUAAUCACUAAUAUGCUCAUAAAUUCAUAAUGAUAGGAAUGUGAUAUCUUGAAAGAUAUUUCUGUUCAACUUGUGGUAAAACUAUUUCAAAGACAAUUGUCAUUUCCAUUAGUUUGGAAGAGAUUUUCAUUUGUUAAUGAAUGGCCAAAAAAAUAAAUAACUAAAAUACAUCCAUAGACCAAUCAGUAGUGCCAGCCAAUGAGAUGGGAGGUAUGAAAAUGUGUUUACCUUGUGCCAAGUAGUUUGUAUGCUCACUUUUUUGGGGUCUAAUGGAGGUGUGUAUUUUGUUUUUGUUUGUUUUGUUUUUUUCUUUAUUGGAUAUAUGCACAACCAAACAGAUGUACACAUAAUCUGUGAAGUAGAUCACUACGUGUGCACGUAUUAAGUGUAAAAAGUUCAAAUAAGAGUUUUUGGUCAUGUUUUAUUCGUGUUUUGUUAAAAUGUGGGAAGCUAUUUAUGUAUUUUAAACAAUGAACAAGAUCAUAGGGAUUGAAUAUAACUUGUAUCGAUAUUUGGAAUUGUUUAUAAAC